AUGGAGAACCAACCCCCCCCUAGAAAGCCGAAGCUUCGAUGGGACAUCCCAAUGCGCCAGGCUCUUUGUUGCAUUUACCGAUUCUUCCGAUGUGACAAGAAAGCGAAAGAGGAGAUCUUCUUCUCGAUGUUCCGAGACAAUUUGAGAAAACGUGGGAUCAAUCAGGUUGUUCCAGAUACAACACUCCACGCACAAUGGAGCUGGAUGAGAAACACUGGGGGCUUUGUCUGGUCUCAUGUUCAUCGAGACACUGAGUUUAACAUGGACGGAGAAUGGAAGACGAUCAUUCAGAAAAUCCAAUUUACGGCAGUCACUUUGCGUCUUCCUCUUCUCGAGAAGACAGAAGAUGACAUUGACACAACUCAAUGGGGGACGCGAGCAACAAUGGCCUUGGGACCGAGAGCUGAGUCUCUUCGCGAAACACCUCACCGUAUGCCAUUCCCACUACCCCAGCGAGAAGAGGAAAGGAGUCGGUAUUUUGCCGAAAGUGGGGACCAAAGCAGUGAGAGCGACACGAUGAGAGUCGGCCAAAGCCAAGAACUGAUCGACCACCUGGAGGAGAUCGACAACAUGAAAACCGACGAGUCGGUUGUUACAAGCCAUGGGAAGUCUUGUCUCUGGUGCAGCUAUGGGCUGACCAUUGACGAGGCGGAUGGUCUUGAUGACCAGAGCACCAUGAGCAAUGAUCCCGAGGAAAACAACAACUCUGACCAAAGCCAACAGCCUCAGCAUCGGCACGAAGAGCACCAACAUUGGGUCCCGGAGCAGCACCACAAAGGCCAACAGCCCCAAGCUCAAAAUCAAGAACACCCGGAACAUGAAGAACACCAAUAUUUCGGCGAGCAGCAUCAUGACCAAGGCCAAACGCACUCCCACGGACAAGACUACCACCUUGACCCUGAUUUGGCCAUGCAAGGAGUUGCCCAGGAUAAACUGCCACCGUUACUGUUUCGCUGGUCCAACCGUGAUUCCCAAGGAGUCAACUCAAAGACACGCUUUCUUGCCGGAGUUUUCUGUGAUUUUGAAUGGUUCAACCCGGAAAAUAUUUCCGAGAGCCGCUUUGAAAGCUUCUUUCGGAGCCAUGUAACUAAGCAGAAGGUCAGAACACCGUUUAUUUCCACCUUCCAGUCUCCCCUGGCGCCUUUACACCGUGCGAUUGCCGGCCAAAACGGCGCGAUAUUGACCGUUAUCGACACGUCAAAGCUGGAGACUAAAGUAUUUUACGCUUGUCCGCUGGCAAUUCGGACGAGGACUUUAGUAUGCGGCGGCUGGAGGGGAUUCGGGGAGUACCUCAUAUGGGGUAGCAUCCCAUCCCAGGCAAUUGCUUACACUGUAGAGAUUGCCAGCCUCCAACAAGUCGCGCAGUCCCACCGGGACAUCAAUCGUUUGCUCCAGCUUCCACUUAUUAGCAGCGUUCCACGCUGUAAUACCAAGCUGCGCGAGAUGCUGGCAUUGAAAAGAAAGUCGCCUUUCCAAUCUGGUCGAACGCUUGGGAAGUUACUCACUCUUCUCCAAGUCCCAGCGAUCUACUGGGAGAAUCUGGCAAAUGUGUUUUUUAAGGCAUGGGGUUGGAGGCACAAGAAAGAGAUCGCUCUUUUUCUUAAUGGAAUUCGAAGUGGACCGCCUUAUCUGCUCGAGGAGUUGGUAGAUUCUGAAAGUGAGGUUCCAUGGCCCACACCUCAAAAGACGCCUAGGCAGACCCCUCAAAAGAUGCAUUUCUCAUCGAACUGGGGUUCUGAUGAAGACUACAAACCCGCUGAGACCGACGAAGUCUCAGUAUGCACGUCUGAGUCGGAAGUCAUGGUAGAGUCUCGAUCUAUCUCGAUGUGUGACAAGACGGAGACUGCAGACGAUGGGAAUUUCUCAACACAUGAGACGUUGUCUAGUGGGAUUUUCCCUGAGGAGUAUGGCGCCGAGGACCCCUUGAAGCAGACACAAUACCAAGAUGUGAUUGAUCUCACCUCUGAUAACGAAGAGAGUAGUUCCCAGCGUGCGUUGCAGCGGGACUGGCCGUCGGAUGAUGAUCCAUACAUGUAUCCCGACACGCCUACGAAGAUCCGUCCACUGAAAUCAGAGAGAAAGACGACCAAUCAUUUUUUACUCAAUGGUCAGACGGAUAUGGAUUUCUUCGAAAAGUUCCGGCACUGGUCUCAGCGUGGGAACUGA